AUGACGUUCUACACUGCAUCCUUAUUCCUCCCCUACACUAUUGAUUUCGGGCUCGACAACUAUGCCGAGGAUAGAGUGGCUUCACCUCCAGCCAACUAUGCGGUCGAUGGCUCUGGAUAUAUGGCUGAUCAAGGCCAAGAGGUUCCAGAUGAGCAGAAUAUCCAGCCCCUAGUGCAGCUCCCACGGACUCCUGGAGCCACCAUAGACAACGAGAAGGUAUUUGCUGGGUAUACUUCGCGAAAAGGACCGGAGAUGGGAUUUGGACUUAGCCCCAAUGAGCCUCGCGAUGUUACCUGGGGUCACAGCCGAAUGCUCAAGCAGCCCAUAUCUCAAGCCACUGAAAUCCCGACACCUUCCAUGCUGAGAACAUCUGGUCCACGAAAGGCCUCAGGAGCGAACCUAUCCCUCGAUGGGCCACAGGACUCUGAGGACCUAGGAGAGUCGGAUCUCCCACGGAAUUUUAUUUCCGAGGACCUUUGGUUAGUCAAGAAUGCCGAGAAAGGCCUUGGAGGUGUGUCUAAUGCCAUGAAUGCCGCGGAAAGAAACGGUAUCUUGUGCAAUCACAUGUGGAUAGGAACACUUGGUAUGCCCACUGAUUCAUUGACCGAAGACACAAAAAGCGAUAUCGCAAACUUUAUGCAGAAAGCACAAAGAUGCUUGACUGUCUUUGCUGGAGACACCGAGUUCGAGGGUCAUUACAAUCAUUUCUGCCAUGCGGUACUUUGGCCAGUUCUCCAUUAUCAGAGGCAGGAGAGUCCGCGGCACUCCCACUACGAUCGUUUCGCUUGGGACAAAUAUGUCAAGCUCAACGAAAAGUUUGCAGAUGUGAUAGUCGAUCAUUUGAAGGACGGUGAUAGAAUAUGGAUUCAUGACUAUCACCUUAUGCUUCUUCCUGGGCUAUUGAGAAAAAGACGACCCGAGCUCUAUAUCGAGAUUGGAUUCUUCUUGCACACCCCGUUUCCCUCUUCGGAAGUUUUUCGUUGCUUAUCGGUCCGCGAUCAGCUUCUCGAUGGAAUGCUGGGCGCCGACCUGAUUGGGUUCCAGACGGAGGAAUAUCGCAAUCAUUUUCUGCAGUCUUGUAGCCGACUCCGAAGACUGGAUAUCUCCGCCGGUGAAGUCAUCUUUAACGGUCGGGCUGUCAGUGUUGUGAACAUACCCAUGGGGAUUGAUCCGUCGUCCCUAAAUCUCUUGUGCAAGAGCACAGAAGUCGAAGGCUGGAUCCGCAGUAUUUCACACGGGUACCGAAAUAAGAGGUUGGUUGCUGCUCGAGACCGAUUGGAUGUGUCUGGAGGAAUCAAGCAAAGGCUCCUGGCAUUUGAGCUGAUGCUAAAAUCUUACCCUGAGCUGAGAAACGACGUAGUUCUGAUCCAAGUGAUAUCUUCUGCAGGUGAAGUUCCAGAGCUUGAAGCAGAGGUCUCCAAAAUCACGAUGAGAAUCAACAAGAAAUACUCGUCUACGGUUCACCAGCCGGUGGUGUUGCUUCAGGAAGACAUCGGUACUCCUCAACUCAUUGCUUUGCUGAUGCUUGCCGAGGUCUUCAUGGCAACUGGUCUGCGCGAGGGAAUCAAUUUGACCAGUCACGAAUAUAUCCUUUGUCAAGGUGAGAAACACGGGAUUCGCAUGCACGGAUCUCUCAUCAUAAGCGAAUUUGUGGGAAGUGCCUCGGUCUUUCAUGACUGCAAUGGCCCAAGAUCAGAAGCCAGUAAGCUGCUUGUCAACCCAUGGAACUACAAACAGUGUGCUGCCGCAAUUCGCUUCGCGCUAUCAAGAUCUGCAGCUGGUCGAUUGAUUGAAUGGAAAAGACUGCGUCGCCGGAUGGCCGAUUAUACUGCCAUCAACUGGUAUGAAAAUCUGCAGAUGGCACUUGAUGAUAUUCGCACAGUACAGUACGUUCGCGAAGCCCAAUUGACUCCGCUCUCACGAGAUUCGCUUGCUAUCUUAUAUUGCAAAACCGGAUCCCGUCUGUUCUUCUUCGAAGAUCUGGUCAUUUCCGGCCAAGAUCCCACCACGGAGAGCUCUCCUUUCUAUGAGGGAUUCUUUCGGAUUCUCGCUCCUUUCUUUAAACGGAUGAGUAACAGGCUAUACAUCGUCAGCAGGAAAACCUCAGAUCAGCUUAAUGGAUCCUUUCCUAAUCUGCCUUCCACUGUUGGCGUAGUUCUCGAGAACGAGGGAUUGAUACGACAUCCAAACGCUCAAACCUGGGUUCAAUACUCGAUCACGAAUGCAGAAUGGCUUCCCAGCAUUCGGAAACUGAUGGAUUCCUUCCAAGAGCGAACAGAAGGCAGCCGAAUCGAGGCUUCUCCUUGGUCAUUGGUUUUCCACUUCGAUGGUGCGUUGGACCGCGAAGUUGCCGCUCGCCAGGCGUCUGAGUUAGCAGAUCAGAUCAAUGGAGCCCGCGGUGAAUUCAUAUUCCAAGUACUUCGCAAGGAGACAUCAGUCUCUGUUGAGCUGCCUCUAUCAUCCCAAGGCCGAGGUGCAGCAGCCCGCUAUAUCGUUGACGAUAUCGACGACAUCGAGUACCCUGAGUACGUUUUGGUAGUUGGUGACUCUGAAGAUAACGCGGCGCUGUUUCGUUGGGCAAACGAGAUGGCUGAGACUCCACCUCCGCCUCGUUUGCAGUUCACAGGAGCUGGAAAUCGAUUUUACGUCUUCACCUUGGCGACCGGUGAGCAUCACAAGGAGGCCAAAUUUACUUUGCCGGAUGGGUGCACAUUCUGGGAGCUUAUGAGAUGGCUAAUGUUGUGGGACGGACAGGAGCUAGACCCAGAUCCUUUCGGUUUCGAGGGCUUAUCAUUAUCACCUCAUGAUUAUUAG